GAACGAGGGAGGAGAAGGCUGUUAAAACACAGCCCUCAUUACAUGUGUGUAUCAUUUCAACCUCAGAUUAACUGCUCUGGAGUGGUAAACAAGCAGGGCAGGAUUAAAGGAGGGGCAGUGCUUUUGGCUUUUAUGUUUAUGUUUCCACGAUGGAUAGAAAAAAGGAUUUCCCGAAGCUCCGGUUCACCUCAUUGAAGUCUGGCUGUUUGGUGAGGCCUGUAGCUCCCACAAAGCUAUCCGGACGGUAUCUUGCCCAUCAGAAAUCUUUGCCUCGGCUGCCAGUUCCUCCUCUCCAACAGACUCUCGAACGUUACCUGCUGGCCUUGGAGCCCAUUGUAAGCCAAGAGGAGUUAGAAAAUACGAAACAGAUUGUGAAAGAAUUUGGUCAAAAGGGUGGAGUAGGCGAGAGGCUUCAAGCAAGCUUGGAAAGACGAGCAAGGAAAACUGAAAACUGGCUCUGUGAUUGGUGGUUAAGGACGGCCUAUCUGGAAUACAGGCUUCCCGUGGUAAUCCAUUCCAGUCCUGGUGUACUGCUACCGAAGCAGGAUUACUAUGACCGUCAGGGGCAGCUCAGGUUCGCAGCCAAGCUGAUCUCUGGUGUUCUGGAUUUUAAGACCAUGAUUGACAAUGAGACCCUUCCUGUGGAGACUCUGGGAGGGAACCCACUCUGUAUGAACCAGUAUUACCAGAUUCUGUCAUCCUGUCGUAUCCCAGGCCCCAAAAGUGAUUCUGUUGUCAACUACAGUCAGACUAAAAAGCCAACACACAUAACCGUGGUGCACAACUUCCAGUUCUUUGAGCUGUUCGUGUAUAACAGUGACGGGAGCCCCCUGACUGUCGAUCAGAUUUACAUGCAGCUGGAGAAGAUCUGGCACUCAUCGCUGCAGACCAACAAGGAGCCAAUCGGGAUCCUGACCACUGGCCAUCGGAAUAGCUGGGCCAAUGCUUAUAACAAUCUUAUUAAAGAUAAGGUUAACAAAGAGUCUGUGAAAUGCAUCCAGAAAAGUAUCUUCACAGUCUGCCUGGAUGCCCCAGUGCCAAAGGUGUCAGAUGAUCUGUACAUGAGCCACGUGGCAGCACAGAUGCUGCAUGGUGGUGGCAGUCGGUGGAACAGUGGAAACCGGUGGUUCGACAAAACCCUGCAGUUCAUUGUCGGAGAGGAUGGAUCUUGUGGGUUGGUUUAUGAGCAUUCUCCAGCAGAAGGACCACCCAUUGUUGCUUUGCUGGAUCAUGUCUUUGAGUAUUGGUAAGAAUCUGGAUUUUUUUUUUUCUUUUUUGUGGGAUAUGAGCCAGCAACUUAUUGCAAUCCCUAAUUGCCCUGAAGGUGGUGGUUAGUGAGCAUCCUUCUUGAACCGCUGCAGUGCACAUGGAGUAGGGACACUCAGUGCUGACAGGGAAGGAGUUCCAGGAUUUUGACCCAGCCACGGUGAAAGAACAGUGAUAGGUUUCCAAGUCAGGCUAGACUGUGGUUUGUAGUGGUCAUGGGUUUGGAAGGUGCUGUUUAAGGAAUGUUGGUAAAUUUCUACAGUGAGUCCUGUAGAUAGUAUAUUCUGCUGCUCCUGAUCAUCAGUGGUGGAGGGAGUGCGUGUGGCACCAGUCAAGUAGGCUGCUUUUUGUCAAAUUGGAUGAUGUCAAGUAUCUUGAGUGUUGUUGGAGCUGCAGUCAUCCAGGUAAGUGGGGAGAAUUCCAUUACACUCCAGACUUGUGCCUUGUAGAUGAACAGAUUUUGGGAAGACAGGAGAUUAGUUAUUUGGCACUAAGUUCCCAGCCUCUGGUCUUCUGUCGAUAGCCAUAUUUGUAAUAUUCACUGUAAAAUGAUGUGAUUUCCAUAGGGAGAUUGGUGGUGGAUUCCUGCAAAGUAGAGAAUCUGGUCAGAGUACAGAAUUUCCCAAAUACCUAGGGAGUGACAGAUAU